AUGGAUUAUAUAGAGAAACUGGCGAAAGAAGCUUCUCAGCUCACAAUGUACGACCUCAAGACGUACUACACUCAAGCCAAGAACGCAGUGUUGAACGUGAGUGAGAUGGAGGCAAAGGUGAGGGAAGCCACAAACGAUGAUCCAUGGGGCGCUUCUUCCACUUUGAUGCAACAAAUAGCCGAUGGAACACACAACUUCUCCCAGUUCAACGAAAUCAUGCCUACCAUUUACUCCAGGUUCAUGGAGAAAGAAGCUCGUGAAUGGCGUCAAAUCUACAAGGCCAUGACCCUUUUGGAAUUUCUGGUCAAGAACGGAUCGGAAAGAGUUGUAGACGAUUCCAGAGCGCAUAUCUCCACUAUCAAAAUGUUGAGGAAUUUCCAUUACAUUGAUGAGAAGGGUAAAGAUCAAGGGAUCAAUGUCCGUAAUCGAGCUCAAGAACUGGCUGCGCUUCUAGCAGACGUCGACCGGAUAAGACAAGAGAGACGGAAAGCCAAAGCCAACAAGACGAAGUAUCAAGGGACAGGAAACGACGGUGGGAUGAGUUUUGUGACUUCCACCGGGAAUAGAUAUGGUGGGUUCGGGAGCGAUGUGCUUGGUGGGGGAGGGAGUAGUUCGGUCGGAAGAGGGUAUGACGGUGACCACCGCCCGUCACGCAAUUCGGCACGCCGACAGUCGUAUGACGAAUACGAAGGCGCCGACGAUUUCGCCGAUGAACCCCGGGAACGUCCCCAUCGUGCCGCCUCGCAAGAAACCCGAAGAGGAGGUGGUAGCGUCCGAGCUGAAACCAAACCUACACCCCCUCCCAAGAAAGAAGAGAAGAAGCCGGAGAAGGAAGUGAAUCUGUUUGAUUUCGCUGAUGAUGACCCUGCUCCAGGGCUGAAACCCUCUGCGUCAAUGGAUGACGAUUUUGACGAUUUCCAACAGGCCCCUGUUACUCAAUCCGUAAACCAACCCGUCAACACCAACCUAUUCGACCUGCUCGACUCCACCCCUGCCCCCUCAAUCCCCACUCCAUCCGUAUCUCUCGCUUUUAAAUCACCCAUGGGCCAAGCAAACGUACUUCCCACUCCUCUCCCCACCCCUUUGAGCGGCGUGAAUUCCAAUACUUCUUUAAACCCUCUCAAGCCGAAUACCGCCGUGUCCCUCAACUCCGGCUUCUCCAAGUCUCCUUCUGGUCCUCUCAAUCCUGGUACUUCAAUGGGAGCGGGCAUGGGAAUGAAAAUGUCUUCCGGUCAAGGUAUGGGAAUGACCAAACCUGGUAACCCACCUAAACCCACUCAGACAAAAGACACGUUCGACGAUCUGUUUGCCGCUUCGUUAUCUUCCAUCUCCACCCCCGUGUCGGGAGGGGGUAAAGGUGUUGGGAUGACAAUGGGAGGUGGGGCUGGGACGGGUGGUAAAACGAUAAGAGAGAUGGAGAAACAGAAAGCUGCUGAUACGCUUUGGGGAGGAAACGUGGGGUCGACGAAUGGUGGAUCAAUGGGGGAUUUGUUAUUGUGA